UAUAAAAGGAGGCCACGCGAGAUCGCGCCUUCUUCUACGGGUAGCGCUGAAGUGCCGCGGCUUUCUGUAUCUGAGGCAAAAACCGCGCGGGAGAGAAGGGAGGAGCGGGUGCUGCUGACGACAUCGCGGUGACGGGGAUCGGUUCCAGACGGCGCUUUUGGAACAGGAUUCCGGCUGGCCUGGGAUCGCAACCGGAGUGAAAUUUAACGUAGAGGCAGCAGCGGCACCGUCUUCGGGCAGGCACCAUGGCCGAAGUGGAGCACCAGUUUGGCGCCACUCAGAACGGGCACGAAGCGGAAGCUGCCGAGGGAUCUGCUGGCGGCGGCGGCGGCGAGGAGCAGCAGCAGCCGCAGCAGGAGGAGGAAGAAGAGGUGGUAGCGGCGGUGGCAGAGGAGGAGGAGGAAGAGGAGGAGGAGGAGGCGGCCGAGGCAGGGGCCGGAGGGGAAGCGGGGCAGUCCGCCGCUCCGGCGGAGGCGACCGGCAGCCAGAACGGAGCCGAGGGCGACCAGAUCAACGCCAGCAAGAACGAGGAGGACGCGGGGAAAAUGUUUGUUGGUGGCCUCAGCUGGGAUACAAGCAAGAAAGACCUGAAAGACUACUUCACAAAGUUUGGUGAGGUGACUGACUGCACAAUAAAAAUGGACCCCAAUACAGGAAGAUCAAGAGGUUUUGGGUUUAUUCUCUUCAAAGAGGCAGCAAGUGUUGACAAAGUUUUGGAGCAGAAAGAGCACAAGUUAGAUGGACGAGUGAUUGAUCCUAAAAAGGCUAUGGCAAUGAAGAAGGAUCCUGUGAAGAAAAUAUUUGUUGGUGGACUUAACCCAGAAGCAACGGAAGAUAAAAUCAGAGAAUAUUUUGGAGAAUUUGGAGAGAUUGAGGCAAUUGAACUUCCAAUGGAUCCAAAAACCAAUAAAAGAAGAGGGUUUGUGUUCAUCACAUUUAAGGAAGAAGAUCCAGUCAAGAAGAUUCUGGAGAAAAAAUUCCACAAUGUCAGUGGUAGCAAGUGUGAGAUAAAGGUAGCACAGCCAAAAGAAGUAUAUCAGCAACAGCAAUUUGGUUCUGGAGGUGGUAGAGGAAGAGGUGGAAGAAGAGCUCAAAGUCAAAAUUGGAAUCAAAGUUAUGGCAAUUACUGGAACCAGGGUUAUGGGAGUCAAGGAUACGGCUAUCAGCAAGGUUAUGGUGGCUAUGGAGGCUAUGAUUAUUCAGGAUAUGGGUAUUUUGGAUAUGGACCGGGCUAUGAUUACAGUCAAGGCAGUUCAAAUUACGGAAAGGCUCCGCGACGUGGUCAUCAGAAUAACUACAAGCCAUAUUGAUCAAAGGUAUUCAGGUAUGCAGUGGCGUGCUGUAAUGCUGGACUGCUGCAUAGGUUUUGUACUCAAUGCUGUAGAUGGACAUUACAAUUAUGUACCAAAUUUAACUUUACAAUAAAUUUCUAUGGCCUGUUAUGUGUA